GAUAAGAUUAUUUUUAUUUUGCCGACUGACCGACCGUAAGUUACUAUCAACUUCACCUGUAUUUUUGGAAUUGCCUUGUAAAAAUUUUAAAGGAAGAUUAUUGUUAUUUAAUAUCCAGUUUUAAUCAUUUUGCAAUUAAAAAUUAAUAUUUUCAGAAUAAAUAAACAAGGAUGGAUGUAGAUGGUGCAGAACAGCCGAGAAAGAAAAGGGAUGGAAAGAAAGGUAAAAAGUCAAAGAGGAGAACCGCUGAUGAUGAUGAUAACAACAACAAUAAUGAAGAAAAUGAAGAUGAAAUUGUUAACCAGAGUGCUUCAAAGACAGAUGAGGAGAAAUCAGAAAGUGAUCGAAAAAAGCGUAAAAAGAAAGGACGUUCCAAAGAUAGAGAAAAAAAGAAAAAGGAAAAAGUUGAUAGCGUUGAAAAUGUUGCAUUCGAAAACGAUUCUUUAGUCCAGGAGGAACCUAAGCAGGAAACAUCAAUCAAUUUGGAAGACGAAUCAGCACGACCAUCAAUAGAAAAAAGAUCUUCAUCCUUAAAGGAAAUUGUUGUAGAAAGUCCAAGAGCUCAGUCACCUGAUGUUGCUAUUGAUAUUCCUGAUUCACCACGAAAAAUCAUAGAAGAGCCAGAAUUUCAAAAAGAUAAUGACAAUACUGAAGCAAUCGGUAUGGAAGAGCAACAACAGCAACAACCAGAGUAUGCAGAAAGGCCAAGUUCUGCUCAAAGAACUGGAACUCCUGAAAGGCCAAGUUCUGCUCCAAAAAGCAGCACUCUUGAGAGACCAAGUUCUGCUCAGAGAGCAGGCACUCCUGAGAGACCAAGUUCUGCUCAAAGAAUAGGCACUCCUGAAAGACCAAGUUCUGCUCAGAGAACAGGCACUCCCGAUAGAACAAGUUCUGCUCAAAGAACUGGCACUCCUACAAGACCAAGUUCUGCUGAGAGAAAAGUCACUCCUGAGAGACCAAAUUCUGCACAUAGAACAGGGACUCCUGAGAGACCAAGUUCUGCUCAAAGAACUGACACUCCUGUGAGACCAAGUUCUGCUGAGAUAAAAGGCACUCCUGAAAAACCAAGUUCUGGUCAAAGAAAUAGUAUUUCGGAAAGACCAAGUUUUGCUCAAAGAAAUAGUACCUCAGAAAGACCAAGUUCUGCUCAAAGAACUGGCACUCCUGAAAGACCAAGUUCUGCUCAAAGAAAUAGUGUUUCGGAAAGACCAAGUUCCGGUCAAAGAACCAGUAUUUCGGAAAGGCCAAAUUCUGCUCAAGUACUAGACACUCCUCAAAGACCAAGUUCUGCUCAAAGAACUGGCACUCCUGAAAGACCAAGUUCUGCGCAAAGAAAUGGUAUAUUAGAAAGACCAACUUCUGCACAAAGAACUGGCACUCCUGAGAGACCAAGUUCUGCGCAAAGAAAUAGUGUUUCGGAAAGACCAAGUUCUGCAAUUAGGUCUGGCACUCCAGAGAGGCCAGGUUCAGCUCAACAGAAAGACGUAUUUGAAAGACCUAAUUCGGCUGAAAGAUCAAAAUCGCCUGAGAAAGAGGAAAUCGUAUAUACUGAGAAUGUGAAAGAAGUUGUAGUAGCAAAUAAAGAGAGCAGUGAACUGUUAGCAAUUCAGGAAAGUGAAUUAGAGGCAAGUGAGAAUAUCGAGAGAAGUGCCGAGACGGAUGAAGAAGUACGUCAAAGAAACUUAGAGCCUAACUCACAAGAAGAUGCAACUAUUGAAGGCCAAGACAUGCAACCACCGGACACUGAGUCAAAAGAAUCUCAAGUUAUAAAUCCUCCAGAGGAAGGAGACCUUCCAUGGGCAAUGUACACUAAGAUGAAGAAUCGUAAUGAGGAGGAGGUUGAAAAACAAAAGAGUGCAGAAGAUGAAAUGGCUGAACAAUCUGAAUCAGACGAUGACCAGAAAUAUGUUCCACCUACAAAUGAAGAUUUACCUGAUUUGUAUGAAGUAAUGGGCUCACUGGAUACGGAUGAGAUUCAGUUAAAUUUAAAGACUUCCCCACCCUCCAUCAUGGAAUCCGAUCAACAGAAAAUACAUCAGAAACAAGUGCUGGAGUUAAAACAAGGCUUGGCAGAGGAAGAAAUUAAAGUUUAUCUAGAUGAGUUUGAAAAACAAGUGGAACAAGAAAUAUUGAUGAUUGGGAAUAUCUCAUUGGAAGAUGUACAGGAUGAAGAACGACGGUUGCGAGAAGAGCAUAUUUCGUUUCAACAACAGCAAGCGAAGGUUCAACGUCAAAGACAGCAGGAGAUCUUGCAAGCUAUGGAGCGUGCUAAGAAAUAUGUCAUGAGCAAGUAUAAGGAGAAAUAUAGAGAACUGAGAAUGAGAGAGGAGCAUUUGAUGCAAAGAGAUCGAACAUAUAAAGAUGAAAUCCAUCGAGCUUUUCGCCGUUCUGAGAGUCAGUUAAGAAAAGCUCUGAAAAGAAGGAAAGCUGAAGUGAAGACCAUGUAUGGAGAUUUGAUCUUUGCUGAUGGGCAGUACGGAGGAAGUAAGGGCCAUCGAUGGAAAAUCGAUUGGAAUCGAGCGCCCCAGCCGAUACAGAUACGAUUAAAGUGUUUACGAGGUGUGAAAGAUAAACUGCCAGGGAGUCGAUAUGUACUCAUGGUAUCGCUAUACAACCGGUUAGGUGGAAACGUCAUGAAAUGGUCUAAUUUGAAAGGACAGCAAUGGGGAGGGGCCACGUUACCAAUAUAUCAUGCCGGAGAAUUUUUCAACAUUGAACUAAAGAUCGACCAAAGCGUGUUUACAGUGUGUCCAUCACGUCCGGAUAUUCGUCCGGGUAUGGUGCUCAUCUUCGAGCUGUUCAUACUUCGUGGUUCCGUUACACCAACCGAUAAAGUUGUUGGGUGGGGAUGUUUCCCCAUCUGUGAUGCGGAAUUCAACGUCGUAGAGGGAAAGUACAAAACGCCUAUGCUGCGUGGAGAUAUGGACCCAGGUAUCGAUAAAUUUGAAAUCAUCGAAAAACUAAUGGCUGAAGAUCUUGAGAACUGGCUUUGCAAUUUUUACUUCGAAAUUAUAAAGCUACCAAGAUACAUGGCUGGACAGAAGGAGUAUGAAGUUGAGUUACAAUUCACAUCAGGACUUUUAAGUUCUCCUGACCGCACAAAAUCAGGCGAAGAAAAUAUCGACGGCGAAAAAGCCGUGUUUGGUUCCAGAUCCGAUAUUAAUUCGCCCGCCUUAUCACGCGCGUCAUAUCGAAGUGGUAGUAUAUUAAGCUCGCAUGUAGGCCCGUUGGACGAGAAUGGUAACGUUAACUCAGAGAAAACAGCUAUCCCCAACAUAUUGACCGUUGAUACUGGAGAAGAAGCAGGAAGCAGUGGCAGUACUGGUAGCAGACGAAAGUCUUCAAUGGUUCUUGAUUCCGAGGUGCAAAUGUUCCGCGCAGAAUCUUUAUCAGCAAAUCUACGGAAACGAAAGAGCUCAGUCGGUCAGGAUACUGUAGCUGUGACUGAUCCGUUGCUGCGUCCAAUGACUAGUGUAGCAGCUUCACGUAAACUGGUGGAAGAGAAAGGUUUGCAGUUAUCGGAUGAUGAUGAUGAUGGGGACUCGAGUGGAACAGAUUAUGGUGAGCAUGAUAUUUUAGCACUGAAGAAAAACGAAGGCUUUAAACCCGUCAAAGGACAACCAGGAAUGUUUUACAAGAUACAUAACAACACUCCGUCUGAUGUCUAUGCUAAGAAAAUAUAUACCAUGAUGCCCAAAACGGCUCUAUUAUCCAAACAAAAGCGAAAGAAGAAACUCACUCAUUUAGAAGAGCUGGAUACACAUUCGUUUCCUGUUAAAUCUCCGUGGUCAAACAAAGGUCACAUUCAACAUAAAGGAACAAAGAAGGUGCAAUACAUGGGACGUAUGUUACUAUCUGAGCUUGGUAUUUCACAAGUAAAAAGUCGAGAGUUUUGGGCGAUGAUAUUGAUGUUGUUAAUAACCUACUGGAUGCGAUUGUACUGUCAUUAUAUUGGUCAGUGGAUGGCGUUGCUGGGAUUUCUUAUCCCUCUCAACAAGUUUGAGUUUCUACCCUACACAGUGAAUUUGAAUUAUCAAAACACGCUACUACGCACGCGUGAAGAGAUCGCUUUGAUUGUGAUUGGUCCGUUUACAAACAUUAUAUUGUUCUUAAUGAUGGUCGUUAUAUCAGCUUUUAUCCAGUUUUUAUUCGGAAGAUUCUCAAACAUCUUUUCACGGUUUAUUAUCGCGUUUGGAAUUCAUUGUUUACUCGACCCGAUCUGGAUUCUAAUUACAGAUAGUGCAUUAGAAAGAUUUCGUAAUCGCGGUGGUGACUUUCCAAUUGGAGAUGCGUUCAAACUUUACUGGCAUUUUAGUCGUUACUAUAACAACGAUAACGUCACUUUAUUCGUCAGUAUAGCAUUGACGGUUUUCCUAUACACCGUCACCAUGUUUUCCGCAUGCACCAUUUUGUAUAUGUAUUUUUUGCGUAUCCAUAACAACGGUCGAUUGAUGGAUGUCUAUUGGAGAUUACACGGAAAACAUGGUGAUUUUUUCAUGGCGUACGAUCUCGAGAUAUCGAAUGAAGAGUUAAAUUUUGUAUGUUCAAAAGCUGAACGGUGGAGGGGCGAAGAAGGAGAGCGAAGAAAAACUGCUGUAUAUGAUUAUAUCUGGGAGGAAGAGGAGAUGGCGGAUGAAGAUUGGGACAAUCCGACGGCGGCACAUGGUCGCAAGACAGGAGCACGUGAGACGACAACACACGUCUCCAUUCACACAUUGCAUCUUGAUGGCUUGAGAGAACUGUACAGACAUUUCCUGAAGCUUCCCGAUGGUGCUAUUGUGGAGGUAUUUGGUGAGAUGAAUAUUCCUGGUAUCGACGAAGGUGUAAAACAGGCCCUAAUCAAACGUACAACUUUUCAAACGAUGACGGGUGACGGAGCAAGAAAACGACGUCCGUCACGAGGUAGUUCGACAUCGUCAGUCCCGCGAGACGAACCUGGAAGAAAGAGUUCGGGUUCGUUUUUAGAUGUGCCAGCAAGUAGCUCACUUGUUUAAUCUAUUAGAGUUUGUUUUUUUAUAAGUAGCUGGUGUCCACCGUAGCGUAAGUGUUUUGUGUAACAAAUGCUACUGAUUUUCUGCUGGUGGGAACCAGGGACUCCCCUUUAUAAAGGACAUUUUUAAAACACACUUUAACAAGAUGUGUUUUUAUUAUAUUUGGAUAAGCAAGCAACGCCUCAUUUACUACUGUGUAAAAAACAAGAGUUACUUUGUCGUUCAAAAAACAAAUCAACGGAACAUUUCUUGUUUGGUAUUUACACUGCAAUGUGUUCUUACUUAAAUAAUAUUUGUUGCUUGCUUUUCACAAGAUUUUUUAUGUUGAUGUUUUUAACGUACUUUUAUCUUGUAUAUAUUUGAACUAUUUGAAAGUUUUGUAUUUAUAAUCAAGACGGCGCUCCAUGCACAUGCGGGAGUUAUUAGAAGAUGAAACACGAUUUUUUUCACAUAAUUUCGCAAAUAUAAUUUGUGUGGUGUUGCUAUAAAUAUUUAUAUAUUGAUAUGUAAAUAUACUUAAUUAUGUUGAUCAUAUGUAAAUUAUUCUGUUUACAUAAUUUAUUUUGUGCUCUAUGUAGCCAUGUGCACAGUUUUGUUAAAAAGCUUAAAAAUCGUUACACAUAAGCUCCGCUUCGCAUAGCAUGACAUUGACAAUUAAAUUUAACAUGACGAUAAAAUAUGCAGUUUUUUUUUUAAAAAAAGUCAUUCUUAUAAUAUCGAAAGAAGAGAAUGUAUUUUCUUACUCGCCACAUUUUUUACAAAUACUGGAGUUUAAUUUGCUUCCUGACAAAUGAUAUCAUAAUAUAUUCUAAUUUAUGUCAUUUGUAUGACGGUAUCUGGAAUACCUGUGGAUCUAAAUAUUGUUGUUGUUUUUUUAUCAAGCUUCUGUGUACUAAAUUUAAAAAAACACAGGGGUCUGGUGAAGAGCUUUUAAGAGUCAUCACCAGUAGCAACGGUUGAUACGUGGUAAACAAUUUAUUUUCUACUUAACAAGUUCGUGUAAUUUUGUCACGAAUAUUGUGUGAAAUGGUAAACAACGUGAGAAGUGCUCAUAAGAAAUAUUUGCUUGUUUUCAUGUUGUAAGAUGGACGAGAGCUCUUAAGUUUAUCAGAGGGUGUUGGUUUGUUAUCUUUAGAAUGAAACAUGGAAGAAAUAAAACAAACAUGGUUCAUCCUUCUGCUCAUUCCGGCAUUCUAUCUUACACUGGUAGAAAACUGUCCAACGACACAGAAGAAUGGAAACUUCAGACUCAUAUCCACAACGUCACGUGUUACUCCUUUUAAGGAAGUGAAAACGAGUCACAGAUUCUCUUGUUAUUUAAAGUGCUUAUGUCAGCAUGAUUGUGAUUUUGUUUCAUUUGAACGCAAAACAUGCUCAAUGUUUACCGUGAGUGACAAAAACACCGUGACUGAAUUUCGUGGUGGACAAUCAUAUUGGAUGUUGGUCACGUGAAGAAAUUAUUGUCCAAUUACAAUCGUGUUCUUUAUUUAUACACGUAUUUGUUUUUAUUAAUUACUACACACGCAUAACAAAAGUAUAAUUGUAUUCUUUAUUAUUUUCAUAUGCAAAAUCGAGAAAUAACAAACCUCGUCCCCA